AUGGAUGAUGGCAGAUGGAGUAUGCGCUGGUCGACAUACCAAGGUCAAUGCAGUGACUAUGAAAUCUGCGGGGCGUAUGGACUUUGCAAUUUGAAUAAUGUGUGCAGUUGUGUCCAGGGGUUCACACCCAAGAAGGGCUCAAAAAGUUGGUGGUCGAGUGGGUGUGCUCGGCGAAGACCCCUACAUUGCUCUGUCACAGAGGGCACAACCGACGGCUUCUCGGAAGCCAAGGACCAAUACUUGUCUGAAAAAGAAGCUGUCUUAUACAACGAGGAAACUCAGCAAAGCUGCCGGACUACCUGUCUCAACAAUUGCUCCUGCGCAGCCUUUGCUUUCACUAUUUCUGAUCCACCCUUCUGUAGAUUGUGGUUUGGAGAUUUAUUCGGAAUGCGCGUUUCUUCUGAGGGCCAAUCCGUCUUCGUUAGGAUGGCUGCUUCUGACUUGCAGUUGAAAUCAGAUAAAAGCAGCAAAAUCCCUAAACUUACUAUUUUACUUUCUUGCGCCGCAUCACUUCUUGCUGUUGCGGGUCUCAUAUCGGCCGUAUUUAUUCUGUGGAAACGUCAAAGAAUGUUGAAGAAAGACGUGGAAGAGGAGGUGCCAAUAUCGCUCAAAAAGUUCAGUUACAAAGAGCUGCGAAUCGCAACGGAGAAUUUCAAGCAUAAGCUGGGUAGCGGAGAUUUCGGCUCUGUGUUCAAAGGAACUCUGCCAGACAACACGCCUGUUGCGGUUAAAAGAUUAGAGGGUUCCUCGCAUGCAGAUAAACAAUUCCGUGCAGAAAUAAUCACCACUGGCAGAAUACAGCACAUGAAUUUGAUCAGGCUGUGGGGAUUCUGCGUAGAAGGCUCUCGAAGGCUUCUAGUGUAUGCCUACAUGCCCAAUGGCUCUCUAAAUUCCUUCCUCUUCUCUGAGUCGAAGGUGUUGGACUGGAAGACCCGAUUCGAGAUCGCAGUGGGCGCUGCACGAGGAUUAGUUUAUCUUCAUGAGGAAUGCUUGGAUCGCAUCAUUCACUGCGAUAUCAAGCCUGAAAACAUUCUCCUGGACGGCGACUUCAGCCCAAAAGUUGCAGAUUUUGGGUUAGCGAAGCUGGUGGGUAGAGAUUUCAGCCGUGUACUGACGACCACAAGAGGAACUCGUGGAUACUUGGCUCCCGAGUGGAUCUCCGGACUUCCAAUCACUCCUAAGGUGGACGUAUACAGUUUCGGUAUGAUGUUGCUUGAGAUCAUAUCCGGUCGUAGAAAUCUGGACUUGAAAGUUGAGGAGAGCAGGUUGUACUUUCCUACCUGGGCUUCAUCUCAAAUUCAGAGUGGAAACAUAAUAGAGCUUGUGGACUCAAAGAUAGCAAGUGAAGCGGAUGUCAGAGAGGUGAGAAGAGCCGCUGUGGUGGCUGGGUUGUGCAUUCGAGACGAUGAGAAUGAGAGGCCGAACAUGAGUGAAGUGGUGAAGAUACUGGAAGGCACGAUGGAGGCUCCUAUACCGCAAAUUCCGAGGUCUAUAGAGGUCCUUGCAGAUCAGUUAGACGACAAAGACAAGGGUAGCUGUGGCCAACACCAUACCAUAUAG